AUGUCGUCGCCUGUGAUGUUGUCUGACUUGGAUGUUCAGACCCAACCGGGCGUCUACGAUGAGGAUCCAAAUUCCUUAUGGGCGCGAGACGAGCCAUACCGCCAGCCAUUCCAUGUCUUCGCCGACGAAGACCAGGCGUGGCACGCUACGAUGCCCACGUCCACGCCGGAGCUUUCAACCUCGCCGCCCAGUGCAGGCUGUGCAGCGAAGAACAUUUUUCAAGUCCUGGCAUGGAACAUCAGCUUCGAGCGCAUCCUGCCUCUUCCGCGUAUGCAAGCGGCUCUCGAUCACUUGCGGACGCAUCUGGUGGGAAAUUCAGAUGAGACUGAGACUGUGAUUGAGACUGAGACUGCUCGCGCAGCAUACUACGACGGCGUCGCCACCGCCACCGCCACCGGGCGCAACAACGGGACCUGCAUGCUGAUUCCCAAGAACGGUUUCGUCAUCCGAGACGUCUUCCGCGUGCACUAUGCACAGUCUUCCAUGCAGAGAGAUGCUCUGUUCGUAGAUAUCAACAUCACAAGCGCAGGCGGUGGCUGGCGUUCAACACUGCUGCGAUUAUGCACGAUGCAUCUAGAGUCCCUGCGUGCCGCGCCGCCCAAGCGCCCGCACCAGCUGGCCGUCGCGGCGCGGUACCUGCACGCAGCACCGGGAGUGGUAUGGCCUUACGAGGAUGGAUAA